AUGAGUGGAAACUUCAAGUUCAUUGUUAUCGGCUCAAGUGGUGUUGGUAAGACAGCUAUCUUAAAGCGUCUUGUUGACGACAUCUUCACAGGCGAAUCACAGUCAACCAUCGGCGUAGAAUUUAUCGCUACAACAAUCGAGGUUGAUGGACAACCAGUCAAGCUUCAGAUUUGGGAUACCGCUGGUCAGGAACGCUUCAGAUCAAUUGCCAAGGCAUAUUUCCGCAGCGCUGUCGGCGUUCUCCUUGUUUUCGACCUCACAGAUAGAAAGUCAUUCGAAGACCUUAACCAAUGGCUCAAUGACGUUCACUCUCUUUGCGAUCCAAACGCUGUUGUCACAUUAAUCGGCAACAAGUCCGAUCUCCACACAUCCCGUGCUAUCACACAGUCAGAGGCUGAAGCAUUUGCUCAAAUGCACCAACUUACAUAUCUCGAAACAUCAGCUCUUGGUGGCGAUAAUGUUCAAGAGGCCUUCCAGAGGACAGCUGCUUCUGUCUAUCGCAAUAACUCUAAUCGUAAGGAUGACCAUAAUAAGGCCGUCAAGCCAAACCUUGCUGAUGAAAAGAAGAAAUCAUCCUGCUGUUAA